GCCCCUGACACAGCCUACCCUAACGGGCCCCACCCUGACAGAGCCUACCCUAACGGGCCCCACCCUGAGAGAGCCUACCCUAACGGGCCCCACCCUGACACAGUCUACCCUAACGGGCCCCACCCUGACACAGCCUACCCUAACGGGCCCCGCCCUGACACAGCCUACCCUAACGGGCCCCGCCCUGACACAGCCUACCCUAACGGGCCCCGCCCUGACACAGCCUACCCUAACGGGCCCCGCCCUGACAGAGCCUACCCUAACGGGCCCCGCCCUGACACAGCCUACCCUAACGGGCCCCGCCCUGACACAGCCUACCCUAACGGGCCCCGCCCUGACACAGCCUACUCUAACGCCUACCCUAACGGGCCCCGCCCUGACACAGCCUACCCUAACGGGCCCCGCCCUGACACAGCCUACCCUAACGGGCCCCGCCCUGACACAGCCUACCCUAACGGGCCCCGCCCUGACACAGCCUACCCUAACGGGCCCCGCCCUGACACAGCCUACCCUAACGGGCCCCGCCCUGACACAGCCUACCCUAACGGGCCCCGCCCUGACACAGCCUACCCUAACGGGCCCCGCCCUGACACAGCCUACCCUAACGGGCCCCGCCCUGACACAGCCUACCCUAACGGGCCCCGCCCUGACACAGCCUACCCUAACGGGCCCCGCCCUGACACAGCCUACCCUAACGGGCCCCGCCCUGACACAGCCUACCCUAACGGGCCCCGCCCUGACACAGCCUACCCUAACGGGCCCCGCCCUGACACAGCCUACCCUAACGGGCCCCGCCCUGACACAGCCUACCCUAACGGGCCCCGCCCUGACACAGCCUACCCUAACGGGCCCCGCCCUGACACAGUCUACCCUAACGGGCCCCGCCCUGACACAGCCUACCCUAACGGGCUCCGCCCUGACACAGCCUACCCUAACGGGCCCCGCCCUGACAGAGCCUACCCUAACGGGCCCCGCCCUGACACAGCCUACCCUAACGGGCCCCGCCCUGACACAGCCUACCCUAACGGGCCCCGCCCUGACACAGCCUACCCUAACGGGCCCCGCCCUGACACAGCCUAUCCUAACGGGCCCCGCCCUGACACAGCCUACCCUAACGGGCCCCGCCCUGACACAGCCUACCCUAACGGGCCCCGCCCUGACAGAGCCUACCCUAACGGGCCCCGCCCUGACACAGCCUACCCUAACGGGCCCCGCCCUGACACAGCCUACCCUAACGGGCCCCGCCCUGACACAGCCUACCCUAACGGGCUCCGCCCUGACACAGCCUACCCUAACGGGCCCCGCCCUGACAGAGCCUACCCUAACGGGCCCCGCCCUGACAGAGCCUACCCUAACGGGCCCCGCCCUGACACAGCCUACCCUAACGGGCCCCGCCCUGACACAGCCUACCCUAACGGGCCCCGCCCUGACACAGCCUACCCUAACGGGCCCCACCCUGACAGAGCCUACCCUAACGGGCCCCACCCUGACAGAGCCUACCCUAACGGGCCCCACCCUGACAGAGCCUACCCUAACGGGCCCCGCGUCUCAACCAACAGUCAAUAUAGGCUGAAGAUCCCAAGCAGGGCUACAGCAACUUACAGAGAGGGUCAGCCUCUCGGGCUUCAUGGUUUGGGUGUCCUCGGCACCCCCGAGGGGCCCCCGUGUUGA